AUGCCAAUGGAAAUGGAUCGCGAACGCUUCGCAGCGAUGUUUCCCGCCGUUCUCGAAGACGCUCUCAGCUACGCCAGAAGCAUACAUACUCCUCCUGAAGCCUUAGCCUGGCUGCAAAAGAACAUAACCCACAACACCACAUCCGGAAAACACCUCCGCGGACUCCUCAUCCCCAACACCCACGCGCACAGCCUCUCCCGCCCGCUCACCUCCCCCGAAUACACUCUCUCCGCGAAACUCGGCUGGCUGCUCGAACUCCUCCAAGCGUCAUUCCUCAUCCCCGACGACAUCGAAGACCAUGAUACCGUCCGCCGGGGCAAGGCAUCCUGGCAUGCUGUCCCGGGGGUGGGGAUGAAGGCGAUCAAUGAUGCCGCAUUGCUGCAGAGUAUUGUAUUUUACUUACUGAGGAGGUAUUUGAAGGGGACGUGUAGGUGGUAUGUGCAGAUUGUGGAGUUGUUGCAUGAGGUGGUUUUCCGGAUAGGGUUGGGAUUGAAUGGGAUUAGUGAGGGGAGGUGUGAGGUUAUUGCGAGGAUGAAAACAGCGUAUUAUACCAUCUAUGCGCCCGUCGUGGUGGGGAUGUAUCUUGGGGGUGUGGGCACGGAGGAGAAUCUGGAGAGAAUGAGGAGGAUUGCGUUGCGGUUAGGGAUUUAUUAUCAGGAGUCGGGGAGAGAUAUUAAGGAUGGGAAGUGUAGUUGGUUGAUUGUGGAGGCGUUGGGGAGGGUGAAUAAUGUGCAGAGGGGGGUGUUGGAGUGCUAUGGGAGUGGGGAGCCGGGGGCGGUGGAGAGGGUACAGGCGGUUUUUAGGGAGGUGGGAAUGAAGAGGGUGUUUGAAGAGUUUGAAGAAGAGUUUAUUGAGAGGAUGAGAAGGGAUGUUGCUGAUAUAGACAAAAGCACGGGAUUAGAGAAGGGUAUAUUCGUGGAUAUUAUGGGUAUUAUGUACAGGAGAGAUAAAUAA